ACGCGUCUCCAUAAUGUCCAUAAUAUUCAAUUUGCAUUUCCCAAUUGCUUUGUCAAUUUGCCAAUUUACCAAUCUCAAUCUCAAUACCAUCCCUUUAUACAACAACAAUCCUUCUUCUUUCAACCACCACCACCAACAUAACAACACCUCUUUCAUUUCUUUCUAAUAUCUCUAAAUUCUUAGCUCACAAUCACAACAAACAAAAUAAAUUAUAAUCAUGGCUCACAAAUUAACCACCAAAAAAGAAGAAACAGAAUUUGAAGUACCUGAAACAACAAUCACACCAUGCAUCAACAACAACAACCCUUCAACAACAAUAACAACAACAAGAACAACAGAAUCUUCUAGAUUUUUUGAAGAGGACAUCAAACCAUCAGCAACCGCCAGAUCCGCCACGUCAUCACGUUCUCCGAAGAGAUCUCAUCCUAGCAACGAAGAUGCAGAAAUUCAACCACAAACGACGUCGUCAGAAGCUAAACGCGCUGUUAAUCGUUGCUCCGGUUGUCGAAAGAGAGUCGGUCUUACCGGAUUCCGUUGCCGAUGCGGUGAUCUCUUUUGCUCCGAUCAUCGUUACUCCGAUCGUCAUGAUUGUUCUUAUGAUUAUAAAGCUGCUGGUAGAGAAACUAUUGCUAGAGAAAAUCCUGUUGUUAGAGCAGCUAAGAUCGUUAAGCUCUGAAUCGGAAAAACACGAAACUAUAGCUCCGAUCAAAAUUGUUCCGAUUCCAAUCACGGUUUGAUUCUCGCAGAUGCGUGUAGAAACAAUCAACAAUCAACAACUUUAGCUUUGUGUUCGAUGGAGCUUUAAUUUUUUUUUAAUAAUUUCUAAUUAUUUUUCUUGUAAUUUUAUUUAGUUUGGUUUGAAAAUUUAUAAAUUAUAGUAUUAAUUACGUGAAA